GUCGAAGCUCAAACCCGGAGUUAGGGGAAGAAAUAUGGCACAUCCAGCGCGGACACAGUUAGCUCUCACCGCCCAUACAAAUGCUAAUUUCUCCGACCUGUCAACCCCAAAGACACAUUGACAGCCAGGGUUAAGUAACUAUACCGGCUCCUCCCUCUCUUGUAUGGACAGAUGGUUUCUCCCAGCCUCACCUCCUAUAUUCCGCAACCCUGAACUCCAGCACAGAAGGCAGAUACCUGAACUACAUCUCCCGGCGUGCUCAGCGCCGAUCGGACUGUGCCAAGUGCCAGGCAGGGGUGAUGCCCUAGUGCAGCAUACAGCGCGGAACCGGCGGGGGCAGGCGGCCGGGAUGAUGAGGCGUUCGAUAAGGCUCGUGUCUCUGGUCACCGCAGGUCUCGCCACCUCGGGGGGUUUCAUUUAUGGGGCGCACUCCUGGGACCCCAGUGACUUCGGGGUUGUGCGAAUUGGAAGGGCUGUGCUGACGACGGCCGCCAUCACCUGUGAUUACCUGAUGACUCUCCGCAGAGUUCCGCCGGCCACUCAGGAGUAUGACAUCAUCAUAUCUCAGGUGCACGCUCGCUCUGCCCGCCGCCUGCUGGACCUGUGCUGUGCCAAUCGUGGCACAUACAUUAAGCUGGGGCAGCACCUGGGCGCUCUGGAGUACCUGCUGCCCCCAGAAUACACCAGCACCCUAGGCGUGCUGCACAGCCGGGCCCCGUCCACGCCUCUGCCGGACGUGCUGCACAUCAUCCAGGAGGAGCUGGGUAAGGAGACCUCAGAGCUGUUUGCCCACUUUGAGGAGACUCCGCUGGGUGCCGCCUCGUUGGCGCAGGUCCACCGAGCCGUUCUGAGGGAUGGUCAGACUGUGGCCGUGAAGGUUCAGCACCCCAAAGUGAGAAAGCAGAGCUCCCGGGACAUCCUGAUCAUGGAGAUCCUCCUCCAGGUGGUGAAGGCCGUCUUCCCGCAGUUUGAGUUCAUGUGGUUAGUGGAAGAAGCUAAGAAGAACCUUCCCCAGGAGCUGGACUUCCUGACCGAGGCCCGCAAUGCCGAGAAAAUGGCACAUAUGGUCCGCAAGUUCCCUUCCCUGAAGAUCCCUCGUAUCCACUGGGACCUGAGCACGGAGCGGGUCCUGGUGAUGGAAUACAUGGAGGGCGGGCAGGCCAAUGACCUCCAGUACAUGAAGAGGAAUAACAUUGAUGUGGAUCAGGUCUCUCGGGCUCUGGGGCAGCUGUACAGCGAGAUGAUUUUUAUCCAUGGAUUUGUGCAUUGUGACCCCCACCCUGGAAAUGUGCUGGUCCGACAGUCAGAAGGCAGCAGAGGCGCAGAAAUCCUUCUGCUGGAUCACGGGCUGUACCAGGAACUGACUGACAACUUCCGCCUGAACUACUGUCACCUGUGGCAGGCGCUGCUAGCGGCAGACAUGGCCGGGGUACGCAGGUACAGCCAGCGCUUGGGGGCUGGAGAUUUAUACCCCCUGUUUGCUUGUAUGCUGACGGCCCGAUCCUGGGACUCUGUGAACCGCGGCAUUGAUCGAGGUCCUGUCAGCGCAGAGGAGGCGCAGGAGAUCCGCAGUAAUGCCGCCGCGUACCUCCCUCAGAUCAGUCAGCUCCUCGCCAGUGUCCCGCGUCAGAUGCUUCUACUGUUGAAAACCAACGACCUCCUGCGUGGGAUUGAGACUGCUCUUCACACCAAUGCGAGUGCCAGCUCCUUCCUCAGCAUGUCUCGCUGCUGCAUUCGGGCAGUGGCCAGACAUCGCAGACAGACGGCCACCUCCUGUUGGUUCUACGCUCAUAUCUCCAUCUCGGAGUCACUACAUCUGGGACAGCUGCAGCUCUAUGAGCUCCUUCUUUGGGCUCGGACCACCCGGCUGCAGCGCUGGCUGACUCUUCUUGUGCACUGGAUAUCACACUCUAUAUGGACAUCUCCUGGAGACCUUCAACCUACGGAAGGUUUGGCCAUUGCUUAGAACUGUAGCUUGCACGGGGAGCCGGUCUGUAUAAGUGCAGACCUCACCAGUACACGGAUGUGUUCAGAUCAGAGGCAUGAUCUUCUUUUCACCACCAGGUGGCGCUCUGGUCAGCUGACAGUGGAGAUGUACAGAACAGCAGCAGAGGACGCCGGGCCCCGUCCAUCAGUUAUUAUAGUCGCCGAUGACUUAUUACAAGGUCUUGAGGUUUCCUUCCUGUUUUGGGGUGCUGGCAUGUCUUGUCUCAGACUUUUGUGUACUAAUUUGUCAUGUUUGAGCCGUAUACUGACCCCAAAACAUGCGCUCAUAGUCACCUGUUCAGUGACGCUGAGCUACACAAGGCGAGGCAAUGUCAAUGACUGCUAGCUCUUAGGGCAAGAAUGAUCUUCCAUAUACUACCGCAGAGCAGCGAGCAAUGUCAGUCCUGGACCACAGCCCAUCUGUGUGCUACGUGCUUUCUGGCGACUCGGGGUGUGAGGUCUGCUCUGGUAUUAAAGGGUCCUGUAACCUUUCUUCAGAUGUCAGCCGUGGUACUGUGGUAGGUCGGGGCUGACGAUCUCUACCCUGUAGAACAGAUCGUUAGAUUGUACGGUAUAAAAUGCUCUUGUGAUGUCGCCCCGGAUCCUGGGGUCUCAUCUGUGUGCAGCAGAGCUCUCCGCGUGUCUUCUCCUGACCUAGAUCUGAGGGUCACUGAGCAGGUCUCCCUGCAGCAGCAGGAGGAGAGGGGCCCGGGGCUGAAUGUGCUGGAAGCCGGCACAAUAGAGGAUUUCC